AUGGCCGAUAACAUCUGUGAGCAUGGUGCCCACCAAUUUCUCCUCGAAGGAGACUGCAACGAUGAGAUCAGUAAGGUGCAGAAGAGGCUCCGCAAGGUCCUCGAGAUGGCCAAGACGGAAAUGGCGCGUGUUCAGCGCGAAGAGCCCGAGCUUGCCAAGGAAACAGGUGAGAUGGUCAAGGUCCGAACGCGACGACCUAUCAGCAUGCGUCGCGACAUGUCCGUCGGCCUCAAGGAGGGCAGCCCAACACCUACAAAGGAGCUGGAGCCCGCCAAGCUAGAAGAGCCAUGUUGCGGUAGUGAUAUUGGGAUAAUCUGA